AUGGGAAUGCAUCAGAAAGCUCUUGCUGAUCUCAAUAAAGCGGUGGAACUUGAUGGCACGAUAGAGCCGCAAUAUCGCGACAAGGUCUGCAAACUUAAAGUUGCAGCCGAAAAGGAGUUUGCCAAGGAGAAGGACGAAAUGAUGGGGAAACUGAAGGACCUGGGCAAUACCCUUCUGGGUAAGAUAGGUCUUUCACUGGACAAUUUCAAAGUAAACAAGGAUGAGAAUACCGGCUCCUACAACAUCCAGUUCCAGAACUGA